AUGAAUCAGUGCUGGAGCAAUGAAGCUCAAAAAUUAUCCAGAAAUGUUGGCGAACAGUUCAAACAGGCUUUUGUUAACAAUGAACGUACCCAGUUCGAUGCAGAAGUAUUUCUAUCCUUGUUUGACCAAUAUCUUAGAGAACCCAGUACUAUUGAUUGGACUAGAAUGAAGCCAUUAAGUUCGAAAUUUCAAAGAAAUUAUGAAUCACUACCGCACUGUUCUGGAAAUGAACUAGACAAGGUUGUGAAACAUCUGUCAGUUAUUAAGCUGAAUGGUGGCUUGGGAACAACAAUGGGUUGUGAUGGCCCCAAGUCAUUAAUCGAAGUGCGCAAGGGGCUUACAUUUCUCGAUUUUGCCAUUGGUCAUGUACAGUACUUUAAUAAAAGGAACAACAGUUCAGUGCCAUUAAUUUUAAUGAAUAGUUUCAAUACUGAAAAAGCAGUCUGUGAAUAUUUGGCUGAUCGCAAGGUAAAUCUGAAAACAUUCCUGCAGAGCAAAUGUCCAAGGAUUUUUGUGGAAAAUUCAAUGCCUGUCCCUUUCAAAUAUGGAAGUGAAAACGUUGAAGGGUAA